CAUCGUCGAUUCACAAGUGGUUUUUUCCCACCACCACAUCAGCAUUUUUGGUAAUUCUUUUUUCUCUGGUUGGUUGGUGUUUGGCACAGAAGAACCACCACCAAAGAUCGACCUUUUGACUUGUUGAACGAUUUUUACGAGUUUUUUCUCGUAUGGCAAAAUCCAUAUGUCUUUUUGUCGUGGAACCAGAUUUCUGAGAAUGAAUUUUGCAUAUGACAAAGUAGUGUUUUUUCUGGACUUUUUUUUCACUGAUUCAACUCCGCAAAAAAAUCCGAUUUUUCCUUGUUACUGUGCUUUAUUUGAUUGAUUUUAGAAAUCAAAACAACGUUAUGUUAUCACAUCACAUAAAUAAUCGAUAAAUCGUCAAAACUUACGAUCGAUCGAUGAAUGAAUGAUAUGAUAAAAGCCAAUCUUUGAUUGAUUUUUUUAUCAAAUCAAAAAUUUUUUUCUUAUUAUUGUUACGAGUUGGAGCGAGCCAAAAAGUGUGAAUGGCUUGAUGCCUCGUUCGAUCGAUCAAUCGAUCGUUUGAUGAUUUGAUUUUUAGAAUUUGAACAAUGAAAACUUUUUGUUUCUGAAAACAUUUUGUUCUACAAAUGAUUGUUACCGCAAAAAAUUAUCUUCACGUUUUUUCCUUUGAAUAAUUUAUAUUUAGCAAAUAAAUUCUGCCAGAAUGAAUGCUUACCAAUUACCACCAUUCAAUACUGGCCAGUCAACGUCGCCAUUUAAUUAUUUCACCACCACACAGAAUUCACAUCAUUCAUAUGGAAGUGGUGGUGGUGUUAUUUCCUCAUCGUCAUAUGGAAAUAGCAAUAGUCCACGUAAUACAACAACACAAACAACGACAAAUCUACCAAAUGGUCUAAAUGGUCAUCAUCAUCAUUCGAAUCAUCAUAAUCAAUCCAAAAUGACCACCACCACUAAUGGUCAAUUGCAAUCAUUACAACCAGCAUCAUCAUCUUCGUCAUCGCCAUCAUUUGUAUCGGCAACAAAUUAUUUUCCACAAUCACAUCAUUUACAUCAAUCAUUUACAACGGCAUUCACAGCUAAUCAUACGCACCAUCCACAUUCUCAUCAUCCGCAUCAUCAUCAUACGGUACAACAACCAUCAAUCAAUGGAACAAAUCCUUAUUCACAUAAUCAUUAUAGCGCCUAUAUGACGGGCACAAAUUCACCACCAACUAACAUGGGGCCCACUGUAAAUCACUUUGAUUAUAAUAAUAGUAAUACUGCUACUAUUUCCGGUGCAAAUAAUGGCAAUGGCGUAUCUACAAAUGGAUAUAAUAAUCAAACGACAAACUCAUCUGCAUCGGCAGCAGCCGCUGCAGCUGCUGCUGCUGCUGCCGCCGCUGCCGCUGCUGUCCAUACAUCCGGUUCAUCAUAUCCAUACAUUGCUUGUUCAGGAAAUUAUCCAACAUCAUAUUCACCAUUCACAACGAUAACAUCCUUGCCACCACCACCACCACCACCACUACAACAGAAUAAUUCGACUAUCAAUCAUCAAACAUCAUCAUCGACUGCAGCAACAUCUUCAACAAUCGAUUCGAACAAUGAAAAUACCGGGGUUAAUAAUACAAACGAUGAUACUAAUAGUGGAUUGCAAUAUCAAUCUUCAGAAACAUAUUUAACAAACUUAUGCAACAUCAAUCGUAUGAAUGAAAAUAAUGAUGGAGAUCUAUAUACGUUAAAUGUUCAUAAAAAUGUAUCGCCACCAAACCACCAAUUACCACCGAUUAAAAAGGCUAAACGAACUGGACGUGGACGUUCACGACGAUCACAAAUGAUACAACCACCAUCAUCAUCAUCACCAUCAUCACCGGAAAAUAAUAUCGAUCGGAUAUUCAUCUGGUACAUUGAUGAAACUAUCCUUUCAUAUUUGACUGUUUCCGAAUAUAAUCGUUUCACUGGAUUUAAUGAUACGUUGACAGCAUCAUUGUAUAAUGAAAUAUUCAUUUUUAUCAAUAAAUUUGCUGAAAAAUAUUUAUUUCUAUCCGAUCUCAAGGAUAUUGAUCAAUCACAUAUUGAUGAUUCAGCUGCCGAUGAUAACGGGCAGGAUUUAAGCAAUUAUAAUUUUCAAGCCGAUGGUUUUAAAACAUCCGUUUCAUGUAAUUCAAUUAUAUUAAACAAUGGUGGUGGCGAUCUUCGACAAAAGAUGGCGUUACGGUAUAGAAAAAUAAAUGAAAUUUAUUCAAAUUAUUGCGAUAAACUUGAAGACUUAAUGGACAAAGAUGAUUAUGAACAUUUACAAGAUCUAAUCAAACGUUUUGACUUGUUCAGUAAGAAUUGGAUACAUCCAGCAAUCAAAGCAUUGUCAUUCAUCAAAACAAGAUCAAAUUGUCUCAAUGUAUUGGUUUCAUCAUCGCCAUUAAUCUAUACGUUAACGAAAUUGUUGAUAUUUCAACUUGGAUCCUAUUUUUCCAUUGGAAAUGUUUAUAGUUGUGCAAAAACAAGCAAAGAACAUACGUUGAAUCGUGUUCUGAAUCGUUUUGGAUCCAAUUGUACCUAUAUAGUGGUGGGAAAAGGUUCCGAUGAACAACAAUUAUCGCAAAAGCUUGAAUUACCAUUUUGGCCAAUAACCGAACGUGAACAUUUUGAAUCAUUAUUGAAUGCGAUGCAUUAUUUUUUCUAAAACACAAAACAACAAACCACAUUUUUCAUCGAA